AUGGAAGAUCCUAGAAACACUGGAACAAAAAAAUGUGGUUGUUCGUUCAAAUUGAUUGGCAAAAAGUCAAGGUUUGAUGAAUUAUGGCGGUUGACUGUCAGCGAUGGCAGGCACACUCAUCGUCCGGCUUUGUUUCCACAUGGACAAGGUACGACUAGUCGUAUAACUCCACAACAGAAAGCAAGAAUUAAAGAAUUGCGAAAUUCUCACGUGAAGCCAAUGCUAAUCAUGGAUAGAUUGAGGAAAGAUGAUCCGACGAUACAAACCUCUAUGAAACAUGUUUACAAUGAGUUGGCCAAGAUUAAAUCUGAGGAAAUGGAGGGCAUGACUGUUAUUCAGUUUAUGAUGCAUAACUUUCAACAAGGCGAGUAUCGAUAUUGGCAUCGCGACGAUAGUGAAACGAGCAACACGAUUACAUAUAUUAUGUUUGCAUGUCCCGAAUCUAUUAAGUUACUACGGCUGUUCCCGUAUGUUAUAUUGCUGGACUGCACAUACAAAACCAAUAAGUAUGCUAUGCCUCUUUUGGAAAUAAUUGGGAUAACUCCAGUUGGGAAGAAUUUUACAAUUGCUGUUGCAUUUAUGUCGCAUGAAGAUGCAGACACUUACGAGUGGACUUUGAAUUGUUUGAAAGAGUUGCUAGAUGGUGUCGAACCUGAUGCGAUCUUGACAGACAGGGAGUUGGGUAUUUUGAAAGCACUACCAAAUAUCUUCCCAUUUUCGUAUCAUAUGUUGUGUAUAUUCCAUAUAAACAUAAAUGUUGAGGCAAAUGCGACGAAAUUUAUGGGAGGUAACAAAGACCAAGGUCUAAUAUUUCGACGUGUGUUGUGGGCUAAGCUGGUGAAAUCAGAAACCGAAGAAGAGUAUCAUUACAAUUACAAUGAAAUUGUUGGACGGUACGCAGGGUAUCCUAGACUGAUACAAUAUUUGAAUGAUACGUGGUUGAUAUACAAGGAGAAGUUUGUUCGAGCCUAUACUCGCAAUGUGUAUCAUUUUGGCAACACGAGCACCAACAGGGUGGAGAGUGCUCAUUCUUCAGCGAAGGGUUGGUUAAAUGCUUCGACCGGAGGUCUGGAUAACGUGCAAGGCAAACUUCGAGACCAAGUUUAUAUCCAAAUUAGUCAGCUGAAAUGCGAUUUUUCAUUAUCAUCCAAGAUAAGUAAACAUACUGCAGCAUGGCUGUGUUUUCAGGGUUUGAUUUGUUAUGUUACGCAUCUGACAUUAGAGAAAUUGGAUCAAGAGAUGGAGUCCCCGGCGAUGCAAGAUCCGAGUAUUUGCACACACUAUCUUUGGAAUACUCAUGGGCUCCCAUGUGCGUGCAAAAUUGUGCAGAAAAUGGAAGAUAAUGACACGUUCGUCAUUUCAGACUUGCAUCCAUUCUGGAGUACCAUGGCAGUUGAGCCUUCGGAGCUACAUGAGUAUCAAGUAAACCGCGAGGAGAUUGUGGAUAGACAGAUUGAUGGCCUGAAUUGCAAUUUGAAGAAGAUGAAUUACACAAGUAAGAUAAAUGCCGUGGCCUCGUUGCGUGGCAUCGUUUAUCCGUCUACAUCGCAUCUGUCCGAGCCAUCAUUUGGUCGCCAAACCUCAUCUGGUGCAAAGAUUCCUAAAGCAAAGGUUGAGAGAAGCACCGAUGGAACGCCUCAAUCGAAGAUGAAAGGUCGUGGUUCUCGUAUUCCCACACAAGAAUCUGCUGCCCCUACAAUGCCUGCACAUGAAGGAAUCGACUUUUAUUCUUUCGUGCCCAGAUUUAUGGUCCGUCUUAUUCAAGAUUAUGUUAACGUGAUGGCGGAUGGCAAUUGUGGGUACCGGUGCGUUGCUCAAGCCGUGUACGGGGAUCAAGAAAGAUGGCCGCAAGUGAGAGGGGAGUUGCUUAUUGAGUUAUACGAGCAUGCUAAUGUGUAUACGGCGAUGUUUGGCAGUACCGGAUACGUUGAGGUCAUACGCAAGUGUGACUGGACCUCAGGGCCUUGUCCACAAGCUUAUUGGAUGGACAUGAAUGAAAUGGGAUUGGCCAUUGCUACCAGAUACAAUGCAUUAGUGGUACUUUUGACUCAAGUAGGGAGUAUGACUUACCUUCCUAUGUUUGGCAGUGGUCACUUAUCAUGUAUGAUUGUUGUGACAUUGCACAACAAUCAUUUCAUGUUUGUUAAUUUGGUCGCGAAUAGUCCUCUACCACCAAUCCAUCCAGCAUGGGUACACCAUAGAGCUAAAAACCUGAGGCACUUACUCAAAAUGUACAAACCCCGACUACUCUUGUACGAACAAUUAAAGUCUGGUCGGUAG